AGAGGCCUUGCUUCGAGUCUGCUUCGAGUGUGAAAUUAGAACAGAUGGAGCCAUCAGUUCCUUUCAAGAAUCUCCACAACCGAGAGUAUCAAGGUCACAAGAAGAAGGUACAUUCGGUGGCGUGGAAUUGUGCAGGCACGAAGCUAGCUUCGGGUUCUGUGGAUCAAACCGCUCGUGUCUGGCACAUUGAGUCACAUGGGCAUGGAAAGGCUAAAGAUAUUGAACUGAAGGGUCACACAGAUAGUGUGGAUCAGCUGUGUUGGGACCCCAAACAUGCUGAUCUUAUUGCAACUGCGUCAGGCGACAAGACUGUCCGUUUGUGGGAUGCUCGAAGUGGGAAAUGCUCACAGCAGGCAGAACUUAGUGGGGAGAACAUCAACAUCACCUACAAACCCGAUGGGACACACGUAGCUGUUGGCAAUAGGGAUGAUGAACUAACAAUACUGGAUGUUCGGAAAUUUAAGCCAAUUCAUAAGCGCAAAUUCAGCUAUGAGGUAAAUGAGAUCGCAUGGAACAUGACAGGAGAGAUGUUCUUUUUGACAACUGGAAAUGGUACCGUUGAAGUGCUAGCGUACCCAUCUCUGCGACCACUUGACACCCUUAUGGCUCAUACAGCUGGUUGCUAUUGUAUUGCAAUUGAUCCAAUGGGAAGAUAUUUUGCAGUUGGAAGUGCUGAUUCCUUAGUCAGCCUUUGGGGUAUAUCAGAGAUGCUCUGCGUGCGAACAUUUACAAAACUUGAAUGGCCUGUCCGGACAAUAAGCUUCAAUCACACUGGAGAGUAUAUUGCUUCUGCCAGUGAAGACUUGUUCAUUGAUAUAGCAAAUGUUCAAACUGGACGGACAGUACAUCAGAUACCAUGUCGGGCUGCCAUGAACAGUGUGGAAUGGAAUCCAAAAUACAAUUUACUUGCGUAUGCUGGGGAUGACAAGAACAAAUAUCAGACUGAUGAAGGUGUUUUUAGAAUAUUUGGCUUUGAAAGCGCCUGACAGCAAUGCAGGGAGCAUUGGACCAGGAUUUUUAAUCAACUUUAUGUGUAGAACACCAGUUGGAUUUCUCCCCUUUUUUGACUGGUGUUUGUUUAAUUUUAGAGUGAGAGAGAUGAAAUUUGUAACAUCUUGAUAGUAAAAAAGUGGCAAUAAUUUCAUCAGCAUUGGGCCAGCAUGGUUUUUUUUUUUUUUUUUUUUCAAUUUUAUAUGAAGAACACACCAGUUAGAUUUCUCCCCUUUUGACUCGUAACGGUGUUUGUUUAAUUUAGAGGGCGGGAGAUGAAAGUUGUAAACCCGUUGUAAUCAGUACACCUCUUGUGAACACUUCCAUAGUUGAUGAAUUGAGAUCACAACUGAGUUUUCUCAUCA